CGCGGGAGAAGCUAAGUCUGAGUCGCGUCUCGAACAUUCUGACACAGGGCUGGCCAUCGAACGAGCGAGCAAUGACAUUGACGGCGAGAAUCCUAAUAGCCCUAACUCCCUCUGUGGAACGAAUGCGGUAUUGCGCAGCCGAAUUGGCUUUCCUAGUGCAGCUGGAUAUCCAUCGAGAGUGAACUCCAACAUUGCGCCUACCGGAGAGCAUCUCAAUAAUGGAUUCGAAUUCUUUGGCCAUAAUGCACUGCCGCAAAGGCAUCCCUCGACCAUAUAUAUAGUGAUCUCGACAGGCUUUCAUGUGGUCCUCGAAUGAACUUGACACUAUCGUCGCAGAUGACCAACGCUAACGACAAACUAACCGAUGCACUUGCUUUUCUCCAGUUUGCACUGAGUUGUUUGCAAGAGACUAUGUCCGCCUCCAGUGUAGCCUUUCCCAUCGUCCCCAUAUUGUCGGUUGCGAAUGCUGUGGUCAGAACAGUCCAGGUUGUUCGGAGCAACGAGGAUCGCGUCGAACGGUUGCUCGAACGGCUGUUGGCGUUCAUCGAGCAUAUGUCCCGCAUUUCGGGAUACUCAGGGCUCGAGAACGAAGAUUUCAAUGAGGAACUGAAGAAUAUGCUAUGUACCUUGCAAAAGACGUAUGAUGAAAUACUGCAGCUCCAAAAGCACACACGAACAAGGAAGUUCCUUCGACAUAAGAGCAUCUCAGGUAUUCUCGAUCGCUGCUUGGACACAAUCGACUAUGCCUGGAGGACCUUUGAUGCAACUGUUUUGUUCCGCAUCCAGCAGAGGCUGAUCGAUGAGGAUAAACGUCUGAAAACCAUCCUUCAAACAUUGGAACAACGGGAUUCUGAGCUGAGGAGUAUUUUACAGAAGCUAGAGGCUCAGGAAGUUGUUUCCGGCGAGCUACUGAAUCGGAUCGAUGGCGUGCGCGAACAGCUGGAACAUCAAACAGAAUUCUUUGUUCGUUCUCAAAACCAAGCUCUUGAAAAUAUAUCAACGACUCAAGAACCCAUGCUGAACAUGCUGCAGGCUGAACGUCAGGAGCACGCUGACGGCAGAUUUCUCACAAUGCAGCCUGCAUUCAUGGCAACCUGCACGGUCAUUUGGAGACGAAUACAAAUACUCACCCCUGCGACACAGCAAGCACGGGCUCCUAUAUGAUCUCACCACUAUCGAGUCUAUCAGGUUCACGCCAUCACAUGAUGAUGCAUAUUAUUCUCGUGCAAUGUGCCUUCGAAUGAUAUGGUUUGGCCGCCGAUACCUUCUUUCAUGACAUUGAUGUGGACUUCGAUACUUCAAACCUACUGUUUUGCACUUGAUUGUCUUUUAUCAAGUUGAGCUAGUGUCAUCCGUAGGUGUCGUAAGAAACGAUAGCCUUUUCCUAUAAGUGACUGUCACUCUAUGCCGAGACUUGCUGUAUAUAUAAGGAUUCUGAGCAUU